AUGGCUGAGAAGGCGGUGUGGGAUAAGGAAAAUGUGAAGCACUUCUGUGAUAUAAGCAUGCGUGAGGCUAAUGCUGGGCAUAGGCCAUUAGGUCAUUUGAAUAGAGUUGGAUGGAAGAAUGUUGCAACAAAGUUUGAACAGAAAACUGGUCGGAAACUAGAACAUUUGCAACUCAAGAAUAAAUGGGAUGGGCUCAAAAGAAGUUAUACUAUUUUUAUGGAGUUAAAAAAUGCUGCCACUGGACUUGGUUGGAAUGAUGUAAAACAGACUGUAGAUUGUUCAGAUGAAUGGUGGAACGAGCAUCUUGCGACCCAGGCCAUGGAAGAAUUGGCAAAGGAGGGUCACAACAGACUUCAACUUCUAGCCGAGUUGUCCAAGCAGGCUGCCACCAUUGGUCAUUUAGGUGACGAGUACACCGAAAGCGCGUUACAAGAUGAUGCGUUUGAGAAAUGUGAUGAAGAUGAGAACUAUAUGCCACGAGAUGAGGACGACACCGAGGAACAAGAAGUGGCGCAACCAGAAGUGGAUGAAAUUCUUGAGGAGGAGAAUGAGGUUACCAUUAACACUGUUCGUGAUAACAUAGCUAAUGCUUUGGUUAGUUGA